AUGGCCGAACCAAGCGACACCCACAGCGCAACCACACCCACACCCGCGCCCCAAACCCACAUAUUCCCCUUCCUACAACUCCCCCGCGAACUGCGCGACCAAGUAAGCACCACCACCACCACCACCCAUCCACAGCACCAUCUCCGCCCCCCCCCCCAAACAAAAGCAUACCAAAAUACUUACCCCUCCGUGAAACAUAGAUAUACCACACCAUCCUCCUCCACACCUCCCCCCGCGCCCCCCACGCCCCCCCAAUCGAACGCCGCCAUCUCGAGCACUUCACCGCAACGCCAGCAUCCAUCCUCCUGCUACUCCUGCACUCGGAUGCGCUACUCGUGUCGCGCCAGUUUGCGCGCGAAGCACUCGAGGUGUUGUUUAAGCGGCAUACGGUUGCGUUUAGCUGUGGGCCGUAUGUGUUGA